UACUAUACAAUUCCAAUUAUAGAUUCCAAGUCUCCUGCCCACGUGGGCACACAUCUCUUGGUUGGCUAGGUCGCUUGUUCAAGAGGCAGGUGCAUCUCCUUCAGGACAUCUAAUUGGUCAAAUGUCCAUCAUCACUUUGCGCCUUCUGUAUCUAGGGUUUACAUUCCUUGUGGACAGUUUCUCAGGCUCUCUGUUCUCACUUCAGUCCUGUUAUUUUCCCAGUAACCUUGAUGAAUCACUGAGAACCCUGAAAACAAGACUGCAGGUGGCUUGAUAAACUUUCUCAUGAGCAGUUUGGCUGGUGCGUCAAAAUGGCCUGUUACACAGAUACAUUGCUAGAGAGAGGCUUUGGUUGGUGCCUGGCAUCCAGCCAGCAUCAACCCACUACAGUUUUGAAGCUGUUUUCUUGUCUAAACGCCUUCUUAUGCUUUAAAAAAAUAUAUUUCUAAGGGGGGAAAAAAAGUGUAUUGUCUCUAACUCUUGAGAUUUUGAGCUAUUUUCCUAUGAUACUUGAGAGAUGGACUAGAGGAAAUGCUUCAUCUAGCCUCUGCUGCUGCAAUCCAAAAAGGAGAUGGAAUUCCUGUGUAUAACAGCUGAUCCCAACAGCUGGUGGGCUGAAGGAACAGCCACAGGAAACCCCUGCAGCCCUGCUGAGUGGGUAGCAGGUGCCUUGGCUGCACACCUUGCUCACCCUACAGGGAGCAGUCAUGAGAUAAACCCUAAGCCAACAUCUCUGACUGACUAUGACUCAGAUACUGGCUCCUGGCCAACACAUCUUCAGGUAUGAACUGAUUUGACAGCUAAUGUAGCCACCUUGCUCUGGUAUACCCACACAAUGAUUCUCUUCUUUCAAGCCUUUCCUUCCUUCAUGAGCAAACUGUCUAUUCAUGUUAAUCUCAACCUCUUUUAUGCUUGCAGAGUGCUGAAGAAAGUUUCAAGGAUGGUACCAUAUCCUGGUCAGUAAUGACCCCACAAUCCUCCCUACCACAAUGAAGUGUAAUUACUUGUGUCAUAGUUUAACCCCAGAUGUCAACUAAGCACCCUACAGCUUCUUACUCACUCCCCCCCCCCAGUGGAAUUGUUGGGAAAAUCUUUAUUGUAACAGUGUUAAGUCUUGCUGAUGCUGACAUCUCAAGAGACAGAAACAGUUAACGAUUUGUUCAGUUACAGGGAAUAAGAAGGGGGUUAUGAAACAAGGUCCUGUCUAAUUGUUGCAAAAUGUGGAAUAUGUAAAAAAUUCUUAAGGAAAAAUGUUCUUUGAUGUUUAAUCUUUGUAAACUAUCAAGCCUAAUCAACAAGAUGAGAGAUUUAAUCUGUGAAACAGAACACUUUACAAGCUCUAAGUGAUGUCCAGGUGUUAGAAAAACAAAUUAAAGUUUAGGGCUUGAGAUGCUUCAGUGAUCUCAGACCUAGGGGGGAGGCUAACAAAGAUUGGGAAGAAAUGUGGAAUUUAUGGGCUACAUGGACAUUUGGCAGAACUCCCAAGAUAAAGAAGGAACUAAUAAAGCCAACUCAGCAACUGUGCCGAAAUCAGCUCAAACUGGGUAAAAGAUAAUUCCAGCAGGGGGAGAUCACAACCAGCAACCCACAGACCACCAACUCAAAAGAAGAGAGAAACUGAGCAUGUGGAUUAAUUAGCAUGAUAAGCUAGAGAAUCAUUAACCAGUAGAAGAUAGAAUGCUAAUUAAUAAGAGAACUAUGCAACUUAUAGAAAAUGAACACUAAUUCCUUUGUUUGCUAAAAUGUAUAAAUAAUUAAAAGUUUUGAUAGUUGGUGUGCGUGUGUUAGGAGGAGUGAUUCCCCUACACACCUAUCACUGAAAUAAAGUAAUGCCUGCUCUCUGAUACUGAAAUUACAGUUUUAGAGAGUUUGUUUUUUUUUUCCUGAUAUUUUCAGUGAUAGGGUAGGGGAGAGAAUUGGAAAAGUGAGAAAACUCAUAGGUUGAGCUAAAGACAGUUUAAUAUGUAAAGCAAAAGUUGUGCACACAAGCAAAGCAAAACAAGGAAUUCAUUCAGUGGAAGGCAGGUGUUCAUCCAUCUCCAGGAAAGCAGGGCCCCAUCACAUGUAACGGUUUCUUGAGGAAGAUAGAUGCCAUAACUUUGAACAUCCUCCUCUUCCUUCUUCCCUCAGCUUUAUAUGCUGAACAUGAUGUCAUAUGGUCUAGAAUAUCCCUUUGGUCAGUUGGGGUCACCUGUCCCAGCUGUCUCCUCCCAGCUUCUUGUGUACCCCCAGCCUACUCCCUGGUGGGGUGGUGUGAGGAGCAGAAAAGGCCUUGGCUGUGUGUAAGCACUGUUCAGCAAUUAAAAAUAAAAAACCCCUGAAUUCUGAACACUGUUUUCAGAACAAAUGCAAAACAUAGCUUCAUACUAGCUACUAUGAAGAAAAUUACCCCAGCCAAAACCAGCACAAUAUGCAGGAUUCCAAAGAGGACGGAGCAGGUAAAUUACUUCCUCUUUCCAGCACUCUGUAAUUGUGUUGCUCAGAGCUGUCUUUUACUCAGCAGCCACUACUUUUCUUUUGCUACUCUGGGAACAGGUAGACUCUAGCGGGAGGACUCUAAAUUUUUUUUUCUGAACAUGAGCCACCUUAAACAAAUAGCUUUCUCAAUAAUCACUUCAAAACAAUUUGGGUUAGAUAUCAAGAGAAAGAAAGGAGUGCUCUGCCUCCAGCUGGGGGAUGCUUUCCUCAUGGAGGCAAGUGUUUUAUGUGCAGCUGCAUGCCAAGCCUUCCUAAAUAUGCCCUAAUGCCAACUGUGACUGCAUAGGAAGACUAAAAAAAGAAUAUGUGUUUGUUAGGGGGCUCUCAUUUUAGACAGAAAAAACCUAAAACAAACAAACAAACCUCGCACCGCACUAAACAGUAACGCGUGGCUUGUGCCAGGUUCCCUGCUACACUUGAUGGGUCAUGGACGUCCCUCAGGCUGGGCUGCGCCGCGCCCUGCCCCCUCACACAGGAGCUGCAAGCGGGCACCAGGAGCGGCACUGGCCCCAGCGCCCGUUCGCUGCUGCGGCGGGCAGGCGAGCUCCUACUGCCUCCGGCCCCUGCAGUAUCCAACGCAGCUGGGAAGCCGCUUGGGUUCCGCCAUACCCUCCAAGUGGCCCUUCCUGCCGCUAUAUCCCGGCGGCGUUGUCCCCUCCCGGCUGUUGCUCCUCCUCCUCCCCGCUCUGUCCCAGGGCGCAGGACUGACAUCACGCCCAGGGUUUCCAUCCAAUUAAGGGAGGAGGAGGUUGAGCGGAGUGGUAGCGUGAUGGCGGUGGUCGAGAGGACGUAGGAAACGGCGGCGGAGCAACAGAGCACUUACCAGGGUUCUCUCUGCCCGGUUUGGGGCCCUAUUGUUCAAGCCGGUGGGGGCUGCAGGCGAGCUCACUGCGUGGGGCUGUAAAGAGCCGGCGGCCCAGGCCUUGUGGUGGCCCCAGGAGCAGCCUUCGACUCUAGGUUGCAGCACAGAUCUCUUUGUGGAGUGUAGCGCCGUCUCGGAUCAGGGCAGACCUAGGAAAGUCGGGCCGAGUACACAGACGCAGGUAGGCAGAGGCUUGCCAUGGCUCCUUUCUCUUUCCCUGGUUCCGGAGUUGCGUGGUGGUUGUCGCUUUCAAAGAUGUAUGGAGAGGCGACUGGCGCUGAGAAGGAGUUGGAUGCCUAGCGUGCCGCUGAGCUCCUGUAGUCGGUCGUUGUUUUCUGAAGAGGGAGGGAGCUGUGAGAAUUGAGGUGGGCAGUCGGGGUUGAGCCUCUUUGGCUGGGUCCAGCGGGGUCUGUGACGAACUGGCUGGGAGGCCUUCGCUCUUCUCUGGCCAUGGGGGGGCGCUGGGAGAAGCGAACACAGGACAGCGGCCGCCUCGGCAAUACUUCCCGGGAGCCUUGACCAGGAGCCGCGCCUGUGCAGGUCGCGCCACCAGAAGAGGGCCAUUUUCGGGGGCGGGAGGUGAACUCGCGAGAGGCAAUUUUGGAAAAAUCUUGCAGAGAACAGUUGAGUCAUCUGGAAAACAGAGUACCAAGAAGUAAUUUCUUGGCAUCUGCCUUCUAACCCGAGUGAACUUCUAUUUAUCUUUUAAACUUCUUAAUAUUUACAAUGAAUGGGCACAGUGAUGAAGAUGUAAGAAACAGUAGUGGCGAGUCAAGCCAGUCAGAUGAUGAUUCUGGGUCAGCAUCAGCUUCUGGAUCCGGUUCAAGCUCUGGAAGCAGUAGUGAUGGAAGUAGCAUUCAAUCAGGUAGCAGUGACUCUGAGUCUGGUUCAGAGUAUGACACAUCUAGAGAGAAGAAACAAGUUCAAGCUAAACUACCACCAAAACUUGAUGGAUCUGAGUUUUGGAAGUCCAGUCCAAGUAUACUUGCUGUGCAGAGAUCAGCAGUGCUCAAGAAGCAACAACAGCAGAAGGCAGUCUCAUCAGACAGUGGUUCAGAAGAGGAUUCAUCGAACAGUGAAGAUUCUGCAGAUGACUCUUCCAGUGAAGCCAAAAUGAAAAAACAUAAAGAUGAAGACUGGCAAAUGUCUGGGUCAGGGUCAGUAUCAGGAACUAGUUCUGAUUCUGAAUCAGAGGAAGAUAGAGAGAAAAGCAGUUGUGAAGACAGUGAAUCUGACUAUGAGCCAGAAAACAAAGUCAAAAGCCGGAAACCUCCAAGCAGAAUUGAGCCAAAAAGUGGCAAAAGGAUUGCAGGACAGAAAAAGAGGCAGCUUGAUUCUUCGGACAAUGAUGACUAUGACAAGAGAGGAUCUCGUCGCCAGGCAACAGUCAAUGUUAGUUACAAAGAAACUGAAGAAACCAAGACAGAUUCUGAUGACUUGUUGGAAGUUUGUGGAGAAGAUGUCCCACAGCCUGAAGAAGAUGAAUUUGAAACUAUAGAGAAGUUUAUGGAUAGUCGAAUUGGCCGAAAAGGAGCCACUGGUGCUGCAACCACCAUCUAUGCAGUUGAGGCAGAUGGUGACCCAAAUACUGGGUUUGAAAAGUCAAAGGAGCCAGGAGAAAUACAGUAUCUUAUUAAAUGGAAAGGCUGGUCACACAUCCAUAAUACGUGGGAAACUGAGGAAACACUGAAGCAACAAAAUGUUAAAGGAAUGAAGAAACUGGACAACUACAAGAAAAAGGAUCAGGAAACAAAACGCUGGUUGAAAAAUGCUUCUCCAGAAGAUGUGGAAUAUUAUAACUGCCAGCAGGAACUUACAGAUGAUCUACAUAAACAGUAUCAAAUAGUGGAGAGGAUAAUUGCUCAUUCAAAUCAGAAAUCAGCAGCUGGUUAUCCAGAUUACUAUUGCAAAUGGCAAGGUCUGCCUUACUCAGAAUGUAGCUGGGAAGAUGGUGCUCUCAUUGCCAAAAAAUUUCAGACAUGUAUUGAUGAGUAUUUUAGCAGAAACCAAUCCAAGACUACUCCAUUUAAGGACUGCAAGAUUCUAAAACAGAGGCCAAGGUUUGUUGCACUAAAGAAGCAACCAUCUUAUAUUGGAGGACAUGAAGGUUUAGAGUUAAGAGAUUAUCAGUUAAAUGGACUGAACUGGCUUGCCCACUCAUGGUGCAAAGGGAAUAGUUGUAUUCUUGCAGAUGAAAUGGGUCUGGGUAAAACAAUACAAACAAUUUCUUUUCUGAACUACCUGUUUCACGAACAUCAACUGUAUGGGCCUUUCUUGCUAGUCGUGCCACUUUCUACCUUGACAUCUUGGCAAAGAGAGAUUCAAACUUGGGCUCCUCAGAUGAAUGCUGUGGUUUACUUAGGAGAUAUAACUAGCAGAAAUAUGAUAAGAACUCAUGAAUGGAUGCAUCCACAGACCAAGCGAUUAAAAUUUAAUAUACUUCUAACAACUUAUGAAAUUUUGCUGAAGGAUAAGUCAUUCCUUGGUGGUCUGAAUUGGGUAUUUAUAGGAGUUGAUGAAGCUCAUCGUUUAAAAAAUGACGAUUCCCUUCUGUACAAGACUUUAAUAGACUUUAAGUCUAAUCAUCGUCUUCUUAUUACUGGAACCCCUCUGCAAAACUCCCUUAAAGAGCUUUGGUCUUUGCUGCACUUCAUCAUGCCAGAAAAGUUUUCUUCCUGGGAAGAUUUUGAGGAGGAGCAUGGCAAAGGGAGAGAGUUCGGUUAUGCAAGUCUUCACAAAGAACUUGAACCAUUUUUACUCAGAAGAGUUAAAAAAGAUGUAGAAAAGUCUUUACCUGCUAAGGUUGAACAAAUUUUGAGGAUGGAAAUGAGUGCAUUGCAGAAGCAAUAUUACAAGUGGAUUUUAACCAGGAACUAUAAAGCCCUGAGUAAAGGUUCAAAAGGCAGUACCUCAGGCUUUUUGAACAUUAUGAUGGAACUGAAGAAGUGCUGUAACCAUUGCUACCUCAUUAAACCACCAGAUGAUAAUGAAUUCUGUAAUAAACAGGAAGCCUUACAGCAUUUAAUACGUAGCAGUGGAAAACUAAUCCUUCUUGACAAGCUACUGAUUCGUCUACGAGAACGUGGUAACAGAGUACUGAUUUUCUCUCAGAUGGUGAGGAUGCUAGACAUCCUAGCAGAGUAUUUGAAGUAUCGUCAGUUUCCCUUUCAGAGACUUGAUGGAUCAAUAAAAGGGGAAUUGAGGAAACAAGCCUUGGAUCAUUUUAAUGCAGAAGGAUCAGAGGACUUCUGCUUUUUGCUGUCCACCAGAGCUGGAGGAUUAGGUAUAAACUUAGCAUCUGCUGACACUGUGGUUAUAUUUGAUUCUGAUUGGAAUCCACAGAAUGAUCUGCAGGCGCAGGCUAGAGCUCAUAGGAUUGGACAGAAGAAACAGGUUAAUAUUUAUCGACUAGUCACAAAAGCAUCAGUAGAAGAAGAUAUUCUUGAAAGAGCCAAGAAAAAGAUGGUGUUAGAUCACUUAGUAAUUCAGAGAAUGGACACUACGGGGAAAACUGUACUACAUACAGGCUCUACUCCCUCGAGCUCAACACCUUUUAAUAAGGAAGAGUUAUCAGCAAUUUUGAAGUUUGGUGCUGAGGAACUUUUUAAAGAACCUGAAGGGGAAGAAGAGGAGCCCCAGGAAAUGGAUAUAGAUGAAAUCCUGAAGAGGGCUGAAACUCGAGAAAAUGAACCAGGUCCACUGACUGUAGGAGAUGAGUUGCUUUCACAGUUCAAGGUGGCUAACUUUUCAAAUAUGGAUGAAGAUGACAUUGAGUUGGAACCAGAACAAAAUUUAAGAAACUGGGAAGAAAUCAUUCCAGAAGUCCAGCGGCGACGAAUAGAAGAGGAGGAAAGACAAAAAGAACUUGAAGAAAUAUAUAUGCUGCCAAGGAUGAGAAACUGUGCAAAACAGAUCAGCUUUAAUGGAAGUGAAGGGAAACGCAGUAGGAGGAGAAGAUAUUCUGGAUCUGAUAGUGACUCAGUCUCAGAAAGAAAACGACCAAAAAAACGUGGAAGACCACGAACUAUUCCUCGAGAAAAUAUUAAAGGAUUUAGUGAUGCAGAGAUUAGGCGGUUUAUAAAGAGUUACAAGAAAUUUGGUGGCCCACUUGAAAGGUUAGAUGCUAUAGCUAGAGAUGCUGAGCUAGUUGAUAAAUCUGAGAUAGACCUUAGACGUCUGGGAGAACUUGUACAUAAUGGAUGCAUUAAGGCUUUAAAGGACAAUUCCUUUGGCCAAGAAAGAGCAGGAGGUAGAUUUGGGAAAGUUAAAGGCCCAACAUUCCGAAUAUCAGGAGUACAAGUGAAUGCAAAGCUAGUUAUUUCUCAUGAAGAAGAGUUGGCACCAUUGCACAGAUCCAUUCCUGCAGAUCCAGAAGAAAGGAAAAGAUAUGUCAUCCCAUGCCACACCAAGGCAGCUCAUUUUGAUAUAGAUUGGGGUAAGGAAGAUGAUUCCAAUCUGUUAAUAGGUAUCUACGAAUAUGGCUAUGGCAGCUGGGAAAUGAUAAAAAUGGAUCCUGAUCUCAGUUUGACACAGAAGAUUUUACCUGAUGACCCAGAUAAGAAACCACAGGCAAAGCAGUUGCAGACCCGUGCAGAUUACCUCAUUAAAUUACUGAAUAAAGACCUUGCAAGAAAAGAAGUGCAAAGACUUACUGGUGCAGGCAAUUCAAAGAGGAAGAAAGCAAGAAGUAAGAAGAAUAGAGCAACAAAGGCUGCAAAAAUUAAAGAAGAAAUAAAAAGUGACUCAUCACCACCCUCAGAAAAAUCUGAUGAUGAUGAGUAUAAUGAGGACAAGAUUGUUUCAGUGAAAUGUCCACAUAAAAAAAUAAAAGCAGAAGAAAAUGAAGAAAAGCCUGAGCCAGAUAUUGGUAUAAAGAUGGAAGCUCUAGAAAAAAGAGAGACAAGAGAAAAAGAAAAUAAGAGGCAUUUAAAAAGAGAGAAAAAAGAAAAAGAAGAUAAGAAAGAAUUAAAAAAUAUUAAAGAAAAGAGAGAAAACAAACUAAAAGAAUCCAUGCAGAAAGAAAAAGAAGUAAAGGAAGAAAAGGCAAAUGAACUCAAAUCUGAAAAUAAAGAAAAAAAUAAAAAAGUUUCAUUGUUGGAUAUUCCAGUUCAUAUUACUGCAACUAGUGAAACAGUUCCAAUAUCAGAAGAAUCUGAAGAACUGGAUCAGAGGACAUUUGGUGUGUGCAAAGAAAGAAUGAGGCCUGUUAAAGCAGCAUUGAAACAAUUGGAUAGACCAGAGAAAGGCCUUUCUGAAAGGGAACAGCUGGAGCAUACUAGACAGUGCCUAAUCAAAAUUGGGGACCACAUUACUGAAUGUCUAAAGGAGUACACAAAUCCUGAACAAAUUAAACAGUGGAGAAAAAACUUGUGGAUUUUUGUCUCUAAGUUUACAGAAUUUGAUGCCAGAAAGCUGCACAAGCUGUAUAAACAUGCAAUCAAAAAACGCCAAGAAUCUCAGCACCACAGUGACCAGAAUAUUAGCAACAAUCUGAAUACACAUGUAAUUAGAAAUCCAGAUGUUGAAAGACUGAAGGAGAAUACAAACCAUGAUGACAGUAGCAGGGACAGUUCUGAUAGACAUUUGUCUCAGUACUAUGAUCAUCAUAAGGACAGACAUCAGGAAGAUGCUUAUAAUAAAAAUGACUUGAGGAAAAGGACCUAUUCAGCCUUCAGCAAUGGAAAAGACCACAGAGACUGGAAUCACUAUAAACAAGACAGCAGAUACUAUAGUGAUGGUAAACGUAGAAAGCUGGAUGACCACAGGAGCAGAGAUCACAGGUCAAACCUGGAAGGAAGUUUUAAAGACAGUCGACCUCAUUCAAAUCACCGUUCCCAUUCAGACCACAGGAUACAUUCAGAUCACCGUUCCACUUCAGAGUAUAUCCAUCAUAAAUCUUCCAGAGAUUAUAGGUACCACUCAGACUGGCAAAUAGACCACAGAGCUUCUGGUAGUGGCCCAAGGUCACCAUUAGAUCAGAGGUCUCCUUAUGGGUCAAGAUCUCCUAUAGGACACAGAUCUCCAUUUGAACACUCAUCAGAUCACAAAAGUACACCUGAACAUACAUGGAGUAGCCAGAAAACAUAACAAAGACUGACAUUUUCUGGACCACCUUUUAGCCAUAUACAGUAAACUAACACAGUAAUUGCCUUAUGUGACUUGAAAGAUAUGGACUGGAUAUUGUUAGUCAUGGUAUUCUUUCCAGGAUGCAAGGUCUAUUAUCCCAACAAUAGAAAAAUAUUUUUGUAUUUAAAAUUUCUGCUGCACUGUGCUGCAAAUGUUGUGGCAGGUGUUUUUGGGGUUUUUUUUUUCUCUCUUUAAGAAAUGGAAAAUGUUUACUUUUACAGGGACCUCAACACUACCCCAUUCAGACUGAAUCUCAUAAAACUGGUUUUAGGGUGAACACAACUGAAAUUAUGUUUGCAAAGGAGUUUUUAAACACAGACCUAUGAUCAUGUUUCAGGGAGAAAUGAGGAGGGGUUUUUUUUGUUUUCUUAGUAAAGAAUUCUCAAGGACAUUUGUUCACUUUUCAAAGCUAUUUAUUUACAUUGUAUACUGCAAUCACCUUGCCUCUUUUCAUCACAAGCUUGAAUAUUUAAGUUCUGUACCCAUAAUUGUAAAAUAGCCAGCAUUUCUCCUGUUUGUGGUCAGUUGUAAUAAUGUCUUUUUUCAAAAUAAAAGAAAUCACUGAAAGUUAUUGCAAACUAAUUAAAUGUGAUUUUUUUUUGCGUGUUCCUUUCCCUACCUACUCAGUCAUCCUUGACACAGAGUCAAUAUACUAACACUUUUUAAUAAAAAUAUUUUUAUGAAAUCACUGUUCAGAAUGCAAAAAUGGAGACGGGAACCUUUUAAUUCCAUUUAGUGCCUUUUUUUAUUGGAUGCUUCAGAUACAUAUUUUGGUUUUGUUUUUCUAUUAAACUGACAAUAUUGUGAUUUGUUGUAAUGAAAUGGGAAAUAUUCAGCUAAACUGUGGUCUGGAAAGUUUUUCAGUCUAUAGGUUUUAAAGAAGGCGUGUUCACUAUCUGAACACUUGAAUCCAAAUCAGACAAAAUUUAUUGGAAAUUUAUUGGUUUUCCUCUUGAAAUGGGCAAUACUGUCAAACGUGCUAUGCAGCCAGUUAAUAUUUUAGAUUUGAAUUACUUUCUAUUGCAAGAAUUAUUACACACUGAUUGUAUAUAGAUAACUUCUGUUCGACAAAUUAAAUUUAAAAUUAAAUGUGA